AAAAACAAGAAGAUAAACAACAACUUUCAAUUAUAAACAAUAAUUUUUUUAUGGAAAUUAUACCUAAACAAGAAAUUAAAAAGAAGAAAACAAAGAAAAAACAAAAACAGACUACUUCUACAACUAUAUCUGUUCAACAAUUUUAUUUUUAUUUAGAAGAAUCUAAAAGGAUUUUUAAAAUUUUUAAAAGAGGAAUUAAUUUAUCUAGAUUAAAACAGAUGAUUAAAUCUGUUGAACUUAUUUCUUCUCUUGGUUUUACUAUUCCAACUUGUUUACAAAAACUUUAUUCUACCUUGAUUCAAGUAUACAACUCUCUUCUUAAUAGAAAAUUAUCUCAAAGAUUAGAAAAGAAAUUAGCUAAAUAUAUAGAAACAUGUAAACAAUUACAACUUAAACCUCAAAAUAUCAACAUUAAUUUUCAAAUCUUUGGUACAACUUUUGAACAAAAACUUGCACACAUCUUUAAUUCUAUUACACAGUUACAAAACCAAACUUCUUCCAACAGUACAGCUCUGGAAACCUUUUAUCAUCUUGGCCUUUUGUUUGAAAACCAUGGUUAUAAUUUUAUAUAUGCUAUCAAAGAUAUUACUCCCUAUAUCCUUGAAUGCAUGUAUCAUUCAGACUUCUUUGAUAUCCUCUUACUAGAAGCAAAGCAUUUACAAGAUCAAACAUGGCUAAAUUUUGUAAACCUUGAUGAAUGUGAAGAUUUCAACCAGGAGUUCGAAACUAAAGAGGGGA